CUCCAGAACAAAUAUUUCCCUGUUAGGUAAUCAAACAAGGCCUGAUGAGAAUCUCAAAUCUAACUGCCUGUAGUGAGGAAACAACUCUUUCAAUCUAAACGUUGGUUUAUUUUUUUCAGAGACAACCAAGACCAGCUAAAAUAUAGCCACUGCGUGUAGUUGUUAUUGUAUUUUUCGUGCUCUGUUGGUGUUGCAGUUGGCAGAUCAACAGUCAUGUAGGGAUUCCUGAGUUGUGUUGUUAUUGCCCUGUUGUGGUGUUGUGUAGCAUCAAGUAGCCUAAUUAACGAAAUUUAAAGUCAUGCCACAAGAAGCAGAGCAGUCUCUUCCGCUUGUGCGGUCUUUGCCAAAUGGAAUCUCGUGCCAUGUCGUUUUCUGCAAUCGAAGUCCUCGCGUUGUUCUCCCUGUUUGGAUCAACUUUCGCGGCGAACCGCAGCCUUACAGCCCAAUACAGCCCUGGACUGGCCAAAGGAUGACUACUUAUGUUGGUCAUCCGUGGAUGUUCCGUGAUGCUCAGUCAGAUGAUCCAAUGCGUGUGAAUGGGAAGGAGCUGUACCUUCCACGAGAACAGAACGCCAGGUCACAGAUGUCACUCGUCAACAUCACCUUACCAGUGCUGACCCUGCGGGAGCGGUGCCUGCAGGUGGUGAGGAAGUAUGUGUCGGCGGAGGACUUCCCUCGUCUGGAGAUCGCCAAGACGCUGCAGGAGGACCUGGCCGACAAGCCCAGCCUGCAGAGGGACCUGCGGGGCAUCGCACGCCGCGUGGAGCAGAGGCUGCUGCAGGAACGACAGCAGGAGAGGCAGCAAGAACACGCCAGCCAACACCAACACGAACGCUCAUGAGAUGCCCCGUGUGUGUGUGCGUGCAAGCGAGUGUGUGUGUGUGCACUCAAGUCAACACGAGCGCUCAUGAGAUCGGCCUGUGUGUGUGUGUGUGUGCGUGCAAGCGAGUGUGUGUGUGUGUGCACUCAAGUCAACACGAGCGCUCAUGAGAUCUCUCUGUGUGUGUGUGUGUGUGUGUGUGUGUGUGUGUGUGUGUGUGUGUGUGUGUGUGUGUGUGUGUGUGUGUGCGCGCGCGUGUGUGUGUGUGCGCGCGAAUAUGUGUGUGUGCGCGCGAAUAUGUGUGUGUGCGCACACAUGGAGAAAGAAAAGGAGAAGAGAAACAUCGUCUAUCGAGAGCAUCGACUUACGAAGCAAAGACUUCUGCAAGAGACAAUAUAAAAGUGACCAGAGCACUUGAAAGCACAAUCAGAGAGAGAGAGAGAGAGAAAGAGCUAUAACAUGAGACUGAGUGAUUGGUUGAAACUGUAGCCUACUGAGAAGAUAUGUGUAUGGUUGACAAUGUAUGUUAUUGUAGGUCUAUCUUUAUAUAAAACAUUUAUAACCAAAUAAAAAAAUCAAAGGCCUGAUUAAAA